GGGGAGGAGGAGGAAGAGGAGGGAGGUUGCAGGGCGCCUCCGCUCGCACCGCUCGGUCUGUCCUUCUUUGAGUGUGUGUGUGUGUGUGUGUGUGUGUGUGUGUCUGCGCCGAGCCGCGGCGGGGCCGGGGGCGAGGAUGUCGGGCUUCCUGGUGGAGCUGCUGGGGGAGAAGCUGGUGGUGGGCGGCGGCGGGUUGGAGGAAGUGGAGGUGCGCUCGCUGGGCGGCCGCGGGGUCUCCCUGCUCGGCCUCUACUUCGGCUGCAGCCUCAGCGCUCCCUGCGCCCAGCUCAGCGCCAGCCUCGCCGCCUUCUACGGACGCCUGCGCGGGGACGGGGCCACCCCCGGGGCCACCGGGGCCACCCCCGGGGCCUCCUCCUCCUCCUCCUCCUCCUCCUCCUCCGCCUCCGCCGCCGCCGCCGCCUCCGAGCCCCAGCGGCGCCUGGAGAUCGUCUUCGUGUCCUCGGACCAGGACCAGCAGCAGUGGCAGGACUUCGUGCGGGACAUGCCCUGGCUGGCGCUGCCCUACAAGGAGAAGCACCGGAAGCUGAAACUCUGGAACAAGUACCGAAUUUCCAACAUUCCAUCGCUGAUAUUUCUGGACGCCAGCACGGGGAAGGUUGUGUGCCGGAAUGGGCUGCUGGUGAUCCGAGAUGACCCAGAAGGGUUGGAAUUCCCCUGGGGGCCCAAGCCCUUCAGUGAAGUGAUAGCUGGGCCUCUGCUCCGGAACACCGGCCAGUCGCUGGACAGCAGCACCCUGGAGGGCUCCCAUGUGGGCGUCUACUUUUCUGCCCAUUGGUGCCCACCCUGCCGCAGCCUCACCCGGGUCCUGGUGGAAUCUUACCGUAAAAUCAAGGAGUCGGGACAGAAAUUUGAGAUCAUCUUCGUUAGCGCGGACAGGUCAGAAGACUCGUUCAAGCAGUACUUCAGCGAGAUGGCCUGGCUCGCCGUCCCCUACACCGACGAAGGUCGGAGGUCACGCCUCAACCGGCUCUAUGGAAUACAAGGCAUCCCGACCCUCAUCGUGCUGGACCCGAGCGGUGAGGUGAUCACACGGCAGGGGCGGGUGGAGGUGCUGAACGACGUGGAUUGCCGCGAAUUCCCCUGGCACCCCAAGCCCGUGCUGGAGCUGUCCGACUCCAACGCCGUCCAGCUGAACGAGGGCCCCUGCCUCGUCCUCUUCGUGGAUUCUGAGGAUGACGGGGAGUCAGACGCUGCCAAGCAGCUGAUCCAGCCAAUCGCAGAAAAGAUCAUCGCCAAGUACAAAGCCAAAGAGGAGGAGGCCCCGCUGCUGUUCUUCGUGGCUGGGGAGGACGACAUGACGGACUCCCUGCGUGACUACACCAACCUUCCCGAGGCCGCCCCGCUGCUCACCAUCCUGGACAUGUCCGCCCGCGCCAAGUACGUGAUGGACGUAGAGGAAAUCACCCCUGCCAUCGUGGAGGCCUUCGUGAACGACUUUCUAGCAGAAAAGCUAAAGCCCGAGCCCAUCUAGCGGGAGCCGGACCGCGGCGGACCUUAUUUAAAACUCAGCCUCCUCCUCUUCCUCUUCCCUCUCUUCCCCUAGUCCCCUCUCUCCCCGUCCUCUUCCUCCCCUUCCCUGCUCCUGGAUUUCUCUGCCACGUCCCGACGUCCGGCUUCCCCGUGGUGCCUUGUUUUCCGCGCUAGAGCCUCGUCCGCCGGUCCCCGAGGGGACACCUGUGGUGACACCGCAGCGGCAGAGUCGGCCAUGUGGGGAGACUUUGCUUGUGCUUUGCGGCAGUUAUAUAUUCGCCAGCCAGAACCGGGACCGAAUGGCCAUUCCUUAGAAGCCGCUCUCUCGAGCAGAACCUGUGCCGGGCUGUUCUUCCCCAGGAGGCGCGGCACCCGGCAGGCUGCGGGUCGGCUGUCCGUCUCUCGGCCUCCGGCCCCGACUCCUCCGGCUCUGCAGUGAGCCUCUCUUCCCCGCCCCACCCCCAGCCGCUCACACUCACCCACCACUCGAGCCAACUGGAAAGCAUUUCGUCUCGUCCCGGGGGCGGACGGCCGGCCUGCUGCCCGACCCGUCAUCUGCCCGUCUGAGCCGAGGUCGCCCAGGCCCUUUGGCAGCGGGACUGUCUUUCCUCGGUGACCUCAGUCUUCCCGCGCCUGAGGAGACGGCUUAGUUAUGUGACUGUGUGCAAAUUCGGGGCGAAUCUUCCUUUCAAGAGGAACCUGGUGUUACCUUGGUGAUAGAAAGGAGCUGGGGGGUUUGAGGGAGCCCAGAUUGUCGUCCCUUGCCUUGCCCGUUGGGGACACACACACGAGAAAUGCACACACACACACACACACACACACUCCUUCCCCCCCCCCCGUCCCCAUCACCUCCACCCCAGUCCUCUUCGCCCCCCUGGCACUACUUCAGUUGCCGGAGGGUUUCUCCCUUGGAAAGUCCCCGAGGAGACCUGCCCAGUCCUGCCAUUGGUGGGGUAUCUCCAAGGUGGGUCCAUUCCCUGUCACCAGGGAGGUGUGAUGGACAGGGAGAAAGCCAUCUCCCAGAGCUCUGCUGGGGCCUCACCGGCCCGGAAGAUGCGGGACUUGUCUGGCCCUUUGCCCCAGCCCUCGGCAUGUAGGGGACCAGGACACACGUGAGCCUCGGGGGCACUCGAGUGGUGCUUUGGCCCAGAAGCCCUCCUUCUCCUUCUCCCCAUCCUUCUCCCAUCUCUCCCCUGCCAGAGCAGGGAGGCACCCUGUGCCAGCCAAGUCAAAACCCGUUAGCGAGAGGGAGAGAGGACCAGGAGCCCACUGAGCCUAAGGUAGCAUCAGCCCGGAGUCUUGACACCACAUGUCCUGGGUGCGGUCCUUUGGGAAAGAGCACGCCCAACCCCCGACCCAACCCAUGGCCCGAGAUGGGGCCCCGGAGCAGGGGUUGGGGAAGAGUGGGGAUUGCUCAGCGAGGCCUCUGAAAGUGAUUUUUACUUUUACCCGUGGGGAUCUGGCCUCCCAGAGAGGCUGUGGACUCCGCCCGACUUCCAGGGGCCAGCGUUAUUGGACGGAGCCUAGCAGGGAGGGGCUUGGCCACCAGCUGGACCAGCCUAUCACGGACAGACCUGAAAUUCAAUCUUCCUCUGUGGAAAUAAAGCAGGUGGGUCUUUUGGCCUUUUACUCUGGCACAGAGCCUUCCUGACUCCCUGUUCUAAAAUGCUCCUCCACCUCUGCCUCACCUACCAACCCCCCUGGCUCCCCUUCACUGCACAGGCCUUGCCUCUUCUGGGCCCCAGGGGACCCACCUGGGUCAGCACUUCCCAAGGGGAACCCCCAGGAGAGGUCCCAGAGGCCAUAGCCCCUUUUGGGCCUUUGAGCCCAGGGGGAGAGUAGAGUUGGAAACUCCUUUGAGAGCCUGACUGGCUUCCGGGCCCUGGGUUUUGAUGGGAGUUUGAUUUAGGCGGCCACCUCAUGCCGGGCCUCUUCCAGGUGGGAUCUGUGCUUGACCGUGGUGGGAGGUGCUGGGGGGAAACCGAGGCCAGCAGUGAUGGGGGAGCCAGACCACAGGGACUACUGAAAAGCCAUUACUGAAAGGGAUUUCCCAGGGACCCAUAAACAGGGCCCCUUUCCGGAGCUCAGCAGAGUUGAGAAUUCACUGGGCGCAGUGAGAGUUGAGCGAGGUUGGAGCCUUCCCGACUCCCUCGGAGGGGAGAGGGGCUGGGCCCUCUGUCUCUGGAGGCAGCUGGGCCUCCGGGGCAGAGAGAGGCAGCAACCGGAGCCCCCAGCACUCCUGAAGCGGGAGACCAGAAGACAAGGGCUGGAGAAACCAGUUCAUCUCCAAGGCCCUGGCCCUGCCCAUGCUUUGCCCUAGCCCUGCGCUGCCUGCAGCAGGAGUCUUGCCCCAGGGAUGCCCUAUUUCAGGAAAAGCGGGGGCCGGCCCCUGCCCGGCUCUGACUGCCAUCCUGGUGCCGCGACUCUCGAGAAAUCCCCUCCAGAAGCAACGUGUGACUUCGGGAGGGGCGGAUACAGUCUCUCCCCGAACCAGAGGAAGAGAGGCCCGGCCCCUCCCAGCUGCAGCCAGGAUCCAAGCACAAUUGAGGCAAACAAGGUGGGUGGCGGGGAGGAAGUUCCCCCGGGCCCAAGGCUCCCCUGACAUUCUUGUCGCUAAUUGGAAGCAGGUCAGAGCGCCAGCUGAGAUGUAUUUAACGGCUCCCACCGGCAGCCCGGCAGAGACCCGUAACCUGCAGUUCCAGUUCGGAAGGUGACCGUAAAACUCCCCUGCCCCCAGGGGUCCGGCCCCUUUGCUCCACAAUGACUUCCAGAUCCGAUUCCACUUAGAAGAGAAAAGAGAGCUUUCCCAGCGGUCACCCUCAAUAAGCGUCCGCUCGGAGGGUCGGGGUGCGGGGGGAGGAGGGAGAAUCGGCAGGGGCGGAGAGGGGCAGAGACGACGACCGCGUCAGCCGGAAGGUCGUGGGCCGCACCGGGGUCACCGGGCUGACCGCAGUGACCCCGGGGGCGCGGAUGGGCCGUCCGGGGAGCCGGUGCCCCCUUUUGCCGAAUCGCUUUCUGGCUCUGACCGCUCUCGGCGCUGGGAAGACUUAGUUCGGAUCCAGACGUUAUUUUUUCUUGUUGUCUAAUUAAAGACUGAAAAAGCCUUUCUUCC